GACGAGGAAGGAGAAGAGAAGUGGUGACGAAAGCUGCGGUUUUUGGGUUGGUUGCUUGACUUGUGUUUACAGUCAUUUACUUCGUCUCCUUUCUCUGCAACUAACUGCAGAGAGAGAGAGAGAGAGAGAGAGAGAGAUAUUGGAUCUGAGAUUGAAUUGAAUGCAGAGCAGCAGCAGGGGAUCAUCGAUGGCUUAUCCAUCGUUCCGCAUCCCUGCACUUCUCAUCUCCAUGUUCGCCACGUUCGCUUCCUUCUACGUCGCCGGAAGGUUAUGGCAGGACUCGCAGAACAGGGUUUAUCUCAUCAAACAGCUCGACAGGAUCACUGGCCAGGGACAAUCUGCGAUAUCAGUAGAAGAUACCUUGAAGAUCAUAACCUGCAGGGAACAGCACAAGAAGCUCGAUUCCCUUGAGAUGGAACUUGCUGCGGCUAGGCAAGAGGGUUUUGUUUCGAAGCGAUUGCUUGAGACCAAUGGGACUUACUCUGAGGGAAGGCCUUUGGUCAUGAUAGGUAUACUCACAACAUUUGGCCGCCAGAAGAAUAGAGACGCCAUUCGCAAUGCCUGGAUGGGAAGUGGUGCAGCUUUGAAGAAACUGGAGGAUGGAAAGGGCAUUGUUGCACGAUUUGUUAUUGGGAGAAGUGAAAAUCGUGGGAACAAUCAGGAUAAGGACAUUGAUCGUGAGAAUAGGCUGACUAAUGACUUCCUAAUUCUUGAUGAUCACGUGGAAUCAAACGAGGGGCUCCCAAAUAAGGCUAAAUUGUUUUUUGCUUAUGCUGCAGAUAAAUGGGAUGCUGAGUUUUUUGCUAAAGUAAAUGAUGAUGUUUAUGUAAAUAUUGAUGCCUUGGGUUCUACACUGGCAACUCAUUUGGACAAACCUCGUGUUUACAUGGGGUGCAUGAAAUCAGGAGAAGUUUUCUCUGAACCGAAACAUAGAUGGUAUGAACCAGAAUGGUGGAAAUUUGGCGACAAGAAAUCAUAUUUUCGUCAUGCAUCAGGAGAGAUGUAUGUCAUAUCACGAGCCUUGGCUAAAUUUGUAUCAAUAAACAGAUUUGUUCUCCGCACCUAUGCCCACGACGAUGUUAGUGCUGGAUCCUGGUUUAUUGGUCUUGAUGUGAAGCAUGUUGAUGAAUCAAAGUUUUGUUGCUCAUCUUGGUCAACAGGUGCUAUCUGUGCGGGUGUUUGAGGAGAUUCCAGUGCAUUGUGUGUGAAGAUUACCAAUGUAAUACAGAGCCACCAAUUGUUUAAAGGUUUGAUUUUCAGAGAUAUUUUAUCUCUACCGUGAGUUGAGUGAUUAUGGUAGACAUGUUUGUUGCAAAGUUGCUUCUAGAUUUGGAGUUUAUUGAGAAAAACAUUCAUUAACUAGUGGCAACGGUGGACUAAAAAAUGCACAUUCCCACCUAUCGGUUUCUUUGGUUCUGAAUUCAUUAUGGACAGAGAAAGAUAGUUUACUUCCGAAAGUAUUUAACUACUGUAUUCUAUAGGAGUGACAGCAUGAUAGCCGAUCAUUUUUUCUUGUGUUGUAAAUGACAAUGGCAUGGUAUUUGACUCCAGUUUUUCCUUUAUGAGUUA